CGGGCCCCCUCCCUGCCGGCUCCGGGAGGCGGGGACGCGGCGUCGGCGGCGGCGGCUUCUCCUGUCUAGUCUUUCUCACUCACUGGGGAGCCCGGCAGUCGCGGCACCUUCGGAGGCAGAGCCGUGGAGCCGCAAGCCCGUUGGCCAGCCAGUGGGAAGUCGGACAGACUAAGGGCAGAGCCGACAGACGGACGGAGAGCAGAGCAGCCAGACGGCUGGAGUCGCCUCAAGUUCCGCCAUGAGCUGGGGCACGGAGCUGUGGGAUCAGUUCGACAGCUUAGACAAGCAUACACAAUGGGGAAUUGACUUCUUGGAAAGAUAUGCCAAAUUUGUUAAAGAGAGGAUAGAAAUUGAACAGAACUAUGCGAAACAAUUGAGAAAUCUGGUUAAGAAGUACUGUCCCAAACGUUCCUCCAAAGAUGAAGAGCCAAGGUUUACCUCGUGUAUAGCCUUUUUUAACAUCCUUAACGAGUUGAAUGACUAUGCAGGACAACGAGAAGUAGUAGCAGAAGAAAUGGCGCACAGAGUUUAUGGUGAAUUAAUGAGAUAUGCUCAUGAUCUGAAAACUGAAAGAAAAAUGCAUCUUCAAGAAGGACGAAAAGCUCAACAGUAUCUUGAUAUGUGCUGGAAACAGAUGGAUAAUAGUAAAAAGAAAUUUGAAAGAGAAUGUAGAGAGGCAGAAAAGGCACAACAGAGUUAUGAAAGAUUGGAUAAUGAUACUAACGCAACCAAGGCAGAUGUUGAAAAGGCCAAACAGCAGUUGAAUCUGCGUACACAUAUGGCUGAUGAAAAUAAAAAUGAAUAUGCGGCACAAUUACAAAACUUUAAUGGAGAACAGCACAAACAUUUCUACGUAGUGAUUCCUCAAAUUUACAAGCAACUACAAGAAAUGGAUGAACGAAGGACUAUUAAACUCAGUGAGUGUUACAGAGGAUUUGCAGACUCAGAACGCAAAGUUAUUCCUAUCAUUUCAAAGUGUUUGGAAGGAAUGAUUCUCGCCGCAAAAUCAGUUGAUGAAAGAAGAGACUCUCAAAUGGUAGUGGACUCCUUUAAGUCUGGAUUUGAACCUCCAGGAGAUUUUCCAUUUGAAGAUUACAGUCAACAUAUUUAUAGAACCAUUUCUGAUGGGACUAUCAGUGCAUCCAAACAGGAAAGUGGGAAGAUGGAUGCCAAAACCACAGUAGGAAAGGCCAAGGGCAAGUUGUGGCUCUUUGGAAAGAAGCCAAAGCCACAGUCCCCACCCUUAACCCCUACUAGUUUAUUCACAUCCAGUACUCCUAAUGGGUCCCAGUUUCUCACAUUCUCCAUUGAGCCCGUGCAUUAUUGUAUGAAUGAAAUAAAAACAGGGAAGCCCAGAAUUCCUUCUUUCAGAAGUCUCAAAAGAGGGUGGUCGGUGAAGAUGGGCCCAGCACUGGAAGAUUUCAGUCAUCUGCCACCAGAACAGAGACGUAAAAAACUACAGCAACGUAUCGAUGAACUUAACAGAGAACUACAAAAAGAAUCAGACCAAAAAGAAGCACUCAACAAAAUGAAAGAUGUGUAUGAGAAAAAUCCACAAAUGGGGGAUCCAGGGAGUUUGCAGCCUAAAUUAGCAGAGACCAUGAAUAACAUUGACCGCCUACGAAUGGAAAUCCACAAGAAUGAGGCUUGGCUCUCUGAAGUUGAAGGCAAAACAGGUGGGAGAGGAGACAGAAGACAUAGCAGUGACAUAAAUCAUCUUGUAACACAGGGACGAGAAAGUCCUGAGGGAAGUUACACUGAUGAUGCAAACCAAGAAGUCCGAGGGCCACCCCAACAACAUGGUCAUCACAAUGAGUUCGAUGAUGAAUUUGAAGAUGACGAUCCCUUGCCUGCUAUUGGACACUGCAAAGCUAUCUACCCUUUUGAUGGACAUAAUGAAGGUACCCUGGCAAUGAAAGAAGGUGAAGUUCUAUACAUCAUUGAGGAAGACAAAGGUGAUGGCUGGACAAGAGCUCGGAGACAGAACGGUGAAGAAGGCUACGUUCCCACAUCAUACAUAGAUGUAACUCUAGAGAAAAACAGUAAAGGUUCCUGAAGAGGGUUUCUGAGGAAAUGGGCAAGAUGUUGAAGGAGGUUACAUGCAGCUGCUUUUAGGGGGAGGGUAUUAGAGUUGUCAGGCUCAAACAGAGAGUGAGAGAAGCAAGUUGCAUGAGUGCAUGCAGACGUUUUUUGUUUUGUUUUUUUUUAAACUAACUUCAUUAUCAUUUCCAUACAUUGUUUUAAAAAAUCACUGUAAUACCAAUCCUUAAAUUGGUCAUUCACAAUUAUUCACGUAAAGGGAACAAGCCGAAAAUGGCUAACUUUUUUUUCCAUUUCUUUUACUGAUGUCUAAAUCAGAAAGAAUGCAGAGCUCUCAUUAAAUUUGUCUUCUCUUUGGCUGUCCCAACAGGACUGUCUAUCCCAGCUCUGUUCUAAUUGGCUUUUAGACCCGUCGUCUGUUAGAACCCUCGCCAUUUGUCAGUGUCUGCCUGCGCCACCUCUGUGCUUGCUUAACAUUCUGUUGCAUGUCUAGAGUGAUUGGGCUAGAUUUUUCAGGCAUGUCUUUAUAAUCCCUUGUUCUCGUCAAAGCCUUUGUUUUGUUUUACAUUUGUAGUGCAAGUCACUUUGUCAGACAUCUCCAGCACUAAUGUUUCCAUCCUAGUAUUCGUGUACGCUGCUAUAACUUCCCCACUACAAACAUUCCAGUUUGGGCAUGAUGAAGAAGUAGUUUGUGGACCUGAAGUGUCUGUGAUAAGAAAAAGAAAACAUCUCUGCUCUAGCCUACAGCCCGGUUGAAAGAACUUUGAAACGUGAUCCAUCUUCACCUCAGUCUGGGAAGAAUCUAUAGUCAGCCCUGAAAUCCUGGCAUAAUAAACACACAAGAUCCUCACCACCUCAAGACACAGGACUGUUGUCAGAAGUCAGCUGCUUCCAUUCAAAUGCUGCCUUAAACUAGAGUGCCUAAACCUGUCGAUUGCCAACACUACCACUACAGAAUCCCACAAAGGGCUUUAUGUGUCAGCUCGGUGCGACCUCCUUUAACUUGGCAGCGCUGCCGCGGGUGCCGAUGUAGCCUUGGUAGGUGGCUUUUAGAGCUCUACCAUGUGUGAUGGUGCAUCUUCAAAUUUAUGCAUCAGACUAAAGACAUGUCCAAGUCCAUUUUACUUUACUCAGUGUUUUUAGGAGAAGUUUUAUGGACUCCCCCCCCCCCACCUCCCCGUUGUGUUUUAAUUUGGGGUGACCAUGUUCUUAUUAAAAUGGUAGUCUGUUUCCAAGUGAUGCUUUUGUUUCAACCAGAUAAAAUUUAGUGAAACUUUGUAAUGAUCUGUGUGCACUUUUACUUGUACAAUGGAAAUUCCUGUUUGUUUAUACUUGUAAAUAUAAUUGUUGUUAGUGCGCCUGUUGCUCAUGUUGUCCUGCCUCGCAUUUGUGAUUCUGUUAAUGACUUGUAUCUUAACUAAUUUCUUAGUAGUGUUUAAUAGGGAGAUGGGCAUGGGUGGGGGGAUAUUUGUACCACAGAAGCUUCAUUAAUUUUGUUCUUUACUGUUUUGAGGGAAGAAAGAACGUGAAAUGGGUCUGUGUAUUACUGGAUUUUAAGCAAUAUUUUAGAAGCUGUGUGACUGCUUUAAUAAUUCUUUCCCAGUGUUAUUUGAAUCCUACUAGCAGUUAUACUAAAGCUGAAUGACAAUUGUGUGAAAGUUAAUGCCUUCAUAAGAUCAAGUGCACCCCUGUUACACAGCUGACAUAUAGCGUAUUACCUUUGAGGCUAGUAAACUAUGAAGUUUAGAUUUUGAAUCUCUUUACAGGGUUAUUUAUAUAAUGUGACAUUAUUCAAUACUGACAGACUACAUAAAGUAGUUUUAAAAUCUAGUGCUAUUUUUAUUUUAAAGGUUAGCAAUGAGGAGGAAAUGUGAUCUGGCUGUGUUUGUCCUCUGUACAAAGCCUGAAGUGCUUGUGUUUUUUUGGCUGACGGCCACAGAGGGCAAAGUUUAAGGCUUUCUUGUAAGGACUAACUGUUCUUUUCAGGCUACUGUUUGUUUUUCUCAAAGCAGGAUUUGCUUCCGUAGGAGGCAAGGUCCUUCACGUGGCAUAGUGCAACCUGUACGUGGGUUAUUACAAUAGGACAGACAUUUGUACUUGCACAGUUUAAAUCAUUCUUAAAUCAUUCUUAAAUUUUGAACAUGUGAAUUGUCCAAAAGAAAUCUUUAAUUUUUCAGUAAUUUUUACUCUUUUUGUGCACAUGUUGAUUUCUUAAUGGUAAAUGCUUUGUUUAAGAUAGUGUUCUCUGUUGAGAAUAUUUUCAUGGAAUAAAACAAUCUUUUCAUGGUCA